AAGUUGAGGGGCGCACCUCUCCUUCCCAAAAAAAACUUCUGACUGCUCGCCCACGGGACUCAUUCCUCCGCUCUCCCUCUCCCAGUCCGUGCGUAAAAGUAAAGCGGAAAAUGAACUCUGCAGUGAAAUGGGCGCUCAUCCUCUUAGUUCUCGUCUCCAUCGUUCUCAACAUCGUACUUAUCGGCAUUAACACAAGCAGGGCGCCCAAAUGUUCCACUCAGCGCGUCCACCCGCUGCGGAGCAAGCACGACGACCGCAGCCUUGUGUUCGCUGACCUCACCCGGGAAGAGUACUUGCAGGUCCAGCAGUACAUGCUCCAACAGAAAGACCUGGACAUAUCCAGCAACCAGAUCACCAAGCCAUCGGGAAAUUUCUUGUUCUUAAUAGACCUCUCUGUGCCAAAGAAAGCGGACGCGCUGGCUUACUCAGACGGCAAAGGUCGCAAGCCGGUGAGAGAGGCGACGGUAGUAGUCUUCCACGGCGCCCAAGGCUACGUCAAGGAGUACGUUGUGUGGCCUCUUCCCAGCCCGAAACACCACAGAGAUGUCACCACUGAGAGAUACAAGACGGAGCUGCCCAUCAACGCGCGGACGGUUACCGUCGGGGAAUACGCGUUGCUCUUUAAAUUCUUAGAGACCGAGGUCCUUUCUCAGCUGGGGCGUCUCAUGAAGGAGAGCUUCGACGUCGGAGAGGACAAGAAGCUGGGCAUGUUCGAGCAGAUGCCCCGCGGAAUCCGAUCCGGGGACAGAAGCACUUGGAUAUCUUUCUUCAGGGAUCUGAGCGGGAUGUAUAUUCACCCGGUGGGCUUUGAGGUUCUGGUCAACCACAAGAGCGUAAACGAGUUCAAUUGGAGAAUUGAGCGCUUGCUUUACAACGGCCAAUACUUCGACACAGUGGUGGAGCUUAAGCAGAAAUAUGAAAGUGACUCUGUCAAGAAAAUAGUCUACAAGGAGUCCCCUGACUAUGGCUCUCUGAAACCCCGGAGCAAGCCUCUGCAGGUCGGCCCGCAGCUAUUUUACGCAGAAGGGAAGCGCUACAGCGUAAGUAACAAUCACGUCCUGUACCUGGACUGGAGCUUCGCCUUCGGGCUCAGCUCUGUCACAGGCAUGCGGGUGUUUGAUGUGCGGUUCAAGGGUGAAAGGAUAGCAUACGAGCUGAGCGUGCAGGAGGCCAUGUCAGUUUAUGGCUCCGCGACACCGGGGAUGAUCAUCACCAAGUUUUUAGAUGCAGGCAUCGGUAUAGGGCGCUUCGCGCACGAACUGGUCCGCGGCGUGGAUUGUCCAUACGCAGCCACCUACGUGGACACUUACCGCUACAUCGAUGUCCCAGCCCCGGUCAGAUAUAGGAAUUCAAUCUGCAUUUUUGAGCACAACAUGGGUCAGCCCCUGCGGAGGCACUUCGCUGACUUUUUCCAUAACAGUUAUGGAGGGAUGGUGAACAGCGCCCUAGUGGUCAGAACGAUCACAGCCAUAGGGAACUAUGACUACAUGUGGGAUUUCAUCUUCUACCAGACCGGAGCGGUGGAGGUCAAGGUGCACGCCACCGGCUACAUCUCCUCUUCUUACCUGGUAGAGGGAAGUCAGAGAUACGGGCACCAGGUGGCGGAAAAUGUCCUGGGGAACAUCCACACCCACUUCAUCAGCUUCAAAGUGGACUUGGAUGUGUUGGGAGUGAAGAAUGUAUUCCAGACCAAAGACAUGGAGUUUGUUAAUGUGUCACUGCCAUGGAUGCCCGAUCAGUACGCUAUGGUCCCUCAGCUGGUGGAGAAGCAACUCAAAACAGAGCAGGAGGCGGCUCUGCGUUACAACACCAAGACUCCUCGCUACCUCCACAUCGCCAGUAACAAGACCAACCGCUGGGGUCACCAGCGCUCCUACAGGCUGCAGGUGUACAGCUUCACAGGUGACCAUCUCCCAGAGAGCCAGGCUGAAGAAAGGGCCAUGUCCUGGGCCAGGUAUAAAGUUGCCAUCACCAAGCAGAAGGACUCAGAGCAGACCAGCAGCAGUCUGUACAAUCAAAACAACAUCUGGACUCCAGCUGUCGACUUCAGCAAGUACAUUGAAGACAACGAAAGCAUUGAAAAUGAGGACUUGGUUGCCUGGGUGACCACCGGUUUCCUUCACAUCCCACACUCCGAGGACAUCCCCAAUACAGUAACUGUGGGCAACGGGGGUGGGGUCGUGCUGCGGCCCCACAACUAUUUUGACGAGGAUCCAUCCAUCCACUCUCCUGAUGCGGUGUACAUUGGCCCCGGCAGUGAGAACAGCUGUGACACCAACAGGAUGGCCUGCCUUGCUGAAGAGCCCUGCAGCCCAGUACUAGAGCCCUUCACCUUCCAUGGCUUUGAUGGAGUCAUGAAAUUUGAGGAUUGGGCCUGAUUUAUUUAUCACUUUUAGGUUACAGCUUCCAAGAAAAAGGGAUUUCAGAGAAGGACUGAUUUAGCAAUCUAGCCAUUAAGAAGCUUGUGCCAGUUUAAACAUAUUUCACAACAAGACACACCUGCUGCCUAUGUAAAUUUAAAGGGCUUGUUUUCAAGGUAAUAAAAACACAAACAUUCUUAGUAUCAAGUGAUUAUGCACCAAUGAAAACAAGAUGGAUAUUAUAUUCCAUUUCUUCCAAUAAAUCCUUAAUCCUACACAAUGAACCUCUAACUUUCAGUUUACCUUUCUAAUAGAUGUAGUGGUCGAACCCCCCCCCCAUCGCCUUUUUCACCUUCAGAUCAAAUGAUCACAUACCUCUCUUGAAUUGCCAGACAUCUGACAUAGCACUGGCUAACUUCAAUCCCUGUUUAAACUGCAGUUCAUACUUUGUCAAGUGACAACGUACACUGGCGUGUGUAAAUUUGCUCUGUACCAUUCAUUACAAAGCAGGAACACUCUCUGCUGUGUCUCCAGGCUGUGACUACUGAACAACUGAAAGAUGUUUGAUUCAUUGUGUGUUUUUCCCCACUGUGGGAUAUUCUGGCUAGUUGUGUUGUAGUUGUAUCCUCUCUAAAUAAAGGAAGAUACCAUUUAUAUAA